UUCUCUCUGCCUGUGUCAGAGGCGAUCGGUUUUUCUCCCCCCCCUCCCUCUUGAACUGUGGCAUUGGAGGAAGAAAGGGGGGGAAAGGCUGGGAAAGAAAGAAAGGAAAGGAUAACAACAACAAGCCACCCCAGAUCUUUUCUUCUGUUCCUGAUUGGGACCCAUGCGCUUCCAAGCAAGAAUCUGAGCCCUGGGAUCCCUCUCCCCUCUCCUCUCCUUCCUUCCUCCCUCCCUUCCCUUCCCUUCCCUUCCACCCUCCUUCCUUCCCUCCUUCCUCAGAUCCCAACCAUCCUCUUCCUCUUCUUCAGCCAAGCCUGGACUUUCCAAUAAGGUAGGCCCCUUCCAUUCUUGAUUCCUUACCCAGAGUGAUGGAAAACUCCUCUGUGGCUUCUGCCUCAUCUGAGGCAGGGAGUAAUCGUUCGCAAGAGAUUGAAGAGCUAGAGCGGUUCAUCGACAGCUACGUUUUAGAGUAUCAAGUCCAAGGUCUGCUAACCGACAAAACGGAAGGAGAUGGGGAGAGUGAGAGAACACAGUCUAACGUCUCACAGUGGACAGCUGACUGUAAUGAACAGAUAGAAGGCACCGGUUCCUCUACAAGAGGCAAGGGUAUACCACCUCAUAAUCAAAACCAGGAAGAUUGGGAUCUCAGCAGCAGUGGCAGUUCGGGAUCCCGACCUAGUUCAGGCUCCAGGCAUGGGUCUGGAUCAAGGUCUGGCGACCGAGAGAGAAGCAACCAGUUCAGGCAUUCAACCAAGAAUGGCAACAAAGACAGUUCCUUGGACAUGCUGGGCACAGAUAUUUGGGCAGCCAAUACUCUUGAGUCCUUCAGUGGUGCCACCUGGGACUUGCAACCUGAAAAACUUGACUUCACACAGUUCCACAGAAAGCUCCGCAACACUCCCAAGCAUCCACUCCCACACAUAGACAGAGAAGGGAUUGGAAAAGGAAAAUGUGAAGAUGGAGAUGGAAUCAACCUGAAUGACAUAGGGAAGGUUCUUCCAGCAUGGCAGGGCUAUCACCCUUUGCCACAUGAAGCUGAAAUUGCACACACCAAAAAAUUAUUCAGGAGAAGAAGGAAUGACCGGAGGAGACAAAGGGCACCAGGAGGAAAUAAGUCACAGCAACACACAGAGCAUCAGCAAGGCACCGCCAAACACAACAAAGAGCACCAGAAACCCUCCCAGGGAGGUCAAGCACCCCACUCCUCAGGGCGGCCCAGCCACCACGGCUACAGCCAAAACCGGCGGUGGCACCAUAGCCAGAAACAUUCGCCCAACGACAAAGAGGUGCACAGAAAUGCCAAAGAGACUGAGAACCUGAAAAUCGAGGAUGCCUCUGUCUGUACUGUGCAUAUCCCUCUAGAGAUGCACCGAAAUAGCGAUGCCACAGACAGGCAGUCCCCACAGUACGUUCAGGAUCCAGAAAGCAAACGGAAAGACAGCCUCCAUGAACGGAUAAGUGAGAGGCCCAAAAUUAACUUGUUACAGUCUUCCAAAGACAGGCUACGUAGGAGACUAAAAGAGAAGAUGCCUUGUCUUUCCCUUUUCACGGAUCAGGACGAAGUGGCCGUGGAGUCUACCAACCCCGAAAGGAACAAAAUGGACAAAUUAAUUGAAAUUCUUAACAGUAUGCGGAACAACAGCAGUGGGGUGGACUCCAAGCUCACCAACUUCAUGGAGGAGGCCCAGAACUCCACCAACUCCGAGGAAAUGCUCGGGGAGAUUGUCAAAACCAUUUACCAGAAGGCCGUGACGGACCGCAGCUUUGCCUCCACGGCCGCCAAGCUCUGUGACAAGAUGGCACUCUUCAUGGUGGAAGGCACCAAGUUCCGAAGCCUCCUUCUCAACAUGCUACAGAAAGAUUUCACGAUGCGGGAAGAGCUGCAGCAGAGCGACGUGGAGCGCUGGCUGGGCUUCAUCACUUUCCUCUGCGAAGUGUUCGGCACCAUGAGAAGCAGCACCGGGGAGCCCUUCCGAGUCCUCGUCUGUCCCAUUUAUACCUGCCUCAGGGAGUUGUUGCAAUCUCAGGACAUAAAGGAAGAUGCUGUCCUUUGCUGUUCCAUGGAGCUGCAAAGCACCGGCCGACUCCUAGAGGAACAGCUGCCCGAGCUGAUGACAGAGCUGCUGGCGAUCACGCGUGACAAGAUGCUGUGCCCCUCGGAGUCCAUGCUGACCCGGUCCCUUCUCCUCGAGGUCAUUGAGCUGCACGCCAACAGUUGGAACCCCCUGACGCCCACCAUCACGCAGUACUACAACAAGACAAUCCAGAAACUGACAGCCUGAGAGGAAAAUGGGAGGAAAGGAUGAUAGAGAGCCAGGAGGAAGACACGCACUUUAAAAACACAGAGAGAGAAAGAGACAGACAAAGAGCAAGAAAAAGGGGGGAAAAGAUUUGGGAAGGAACUGAGCUACAUAGUGACCAGAGAAGGGUUUGAGAGACCUUUUGUGGUCAGAUACCUAAGAAGACAAACCCCAGCAUGCUUAAGAAUAUGUUCAUGGGGGCGAAGCAUGUUUGUUUUCAGCUGUGUCCUCAAGUGCCGUCGCCACCCCCUCUCCCUGCUGUGUUUUGUUUUAGGUUCCCUUUUUCCCCAAAUUAAACCCAUUGCUCAUUCAGCUCCACAUCCCGCCAGGUCAUUGUUUGGAUUCAGAAAGAACACAGUGGACCUGAAUAGCAACUCGGAGGGCCUGGCGGGCGGAUGGCUUUCACAGCAUUCUCUGGGCCCAACUGGCAGGAGGCAGCGCACGGCAGAUGUCUUGGGGGGGGGGGAACAAAGGCAGACACGUUCCACACCAGCCGCUGGUAAUUGACAGCUUUUGUCAAGCAAAGAGACCCCUUCUCCCCCUCUACCCUCCAUUUUCUUCCACUCCUCUUUUCUUCAAUGUUUUGUCUCCUAUGCUGACCUCCCUCUUUGUUGCUUCUUAUCCUGAAACCUCAUUCCAGAUUAGACAUUCAGGGAAUAUAUUUCUCUCUUCCUUUCUUAAUAGAAAAGUUGCACUGGGUAUUAGGUUUUUUCCUUUGCUGAUUUAUUAUUUUUCAUAUACGUGUGUGUAUGUGUAUACAUACACACAUACAUAUAUCUUAUACAGUAUACAGAUGGAUGGAUAAAUUGCUAUGGAGUUUUUAACAGCAAACAUAAUGUUUAUGUGAAGUUGCAGAGUGUUUGCGCAAAGAUUCUGAAGUAGGAAAGCAAAAUCCAAAUGCCACUUUGGGAGUAUUAAAGCCACAAUAUACCAGUGGCUUCCUCCCAUCUAAAAGGAGAAUUCCAGAUGUUGGGUUUUUUGUUAGCCUGGGUUUAUACAGCCAACAUGUCACAUGUGAGCAUCAUGCAUAUGUGUAAGAAUCACCUGUGUAUAUAAGGAUCUUAGCUACAUUAUGCAGGUGAAUACUGUCCACAUGUCACCUAUGUACAACACUGAUGUGUGAUAGUGAUUACAAAGGGUGGUUGUGCCUGAUUUGUGUUUAGGACUGUGGCUUACAUGAAACUGAAGUGCCAGUUACUUUCAGGAACAGUCAGUCCCCAGCUGAUUUUGUUGAAGAUUUUGGUGCCAGCUCUGCCUUUUGUGGUAAUCCUUUUGUUGAUUAAGAAUGGCUUUAUAAUUACCCCCAUAGUUGUAGUUAUACCAUUAGGAUGGACCUACUACAUCUGAGUUGAAAAAUAAUAGUGUGGUGUGGGAAUUAGGAGUAAAGACUUGAUGUUGUUCUUUAGAUGCCAGUAAAUAGAAAGUGAUAACUAUGUGUGUGGAAUAUAAAGUUUUGAACAGGGGUGGAAGAAAGAAAGAAAGAAAGAAAGA